UUUACAAUAAUUAUUUCUAGAUAUUAUCUUGCACACAAAAUUAAUUAUGUGAAUCAUGGCUUCAUAUUCAGUAUUUACUGUUUCCAAAUUCUUGACGAUAAUUUUGAUUAUAUCAUUCACAGUUCCAGCUAAUUGUUCAGAAACAAACUUGAAAUCAAACAAACUUCCUCUAAAUAUAAACUCCUGGGACCAAAGUAUCGUAAACACUAGCUCGGGUUUUACGACUACUGAGAAUUCGUUAAAACUAACAGUGAAAAAAUGGCAAGUUGGCAGAGUGAGCCGAAAACAUUACGAGAUUGUCAAUAUGUUGUGGAGGAAAACAAAAAUAUUUAUUAACCCUGAGACUACAACUCCGUCUGAAAAUCGUUUUAGAAGGAACCAUCGUACAUCGACAACUACAACCAAAUAUGAAAAUAUCAAACCACUUACCCACAACUCGCGGCUACCUUCAGCAUCAUCUACGCCAAGCUAUAUUGAAUUCUACUACCUGGAUGAUAACGAUGACCGCAUUAAGCGUAGAGAUUCUUUACUACCUACUUUGACAUCAAAUACGCCACAGCAGAAACCAGUUCGUGAUAAUUUAUUUAUAAGGUCACCUAUCUUGUCCCUUCGUGUUAAUGAUCAUCUUAUAGAUUCCCUUCCUAAAACAAAUUUGGCGAUUGAAAAGGAAAAUCCUGAAACAGCACCUCAGGCAAGAAAGCGACCAAUUAUUAACCAAAAACCAAGCAUAUACGGCUUUUUGUCCAAUAAAUUUAAAAUAGAUCUAGCACCUAUGAUAAUAUCAAAUAACCAUUUGUUUAAUAAUAAACAUGAUAAGAAACAUGUUACUACCGAAAAGUAUUUUAAUAACGAAACUUGUCCUGUUACAACUGAACCUCAGAUACCUGCGAAUUUAACAACACUUUUAAAUAAACUGAACACUCAUAAUAAGACACACGACGAUGUGCUAACUUUUACACCAAAAAAUGAUAGUACUGAAUCUCAGAAAAUAGAAACUACUACUGCUUAUGAUAAAAUAAAGUUUUUUGAAAUGUAUGAUCAAAAUACUGUGUUGCCUAUUAGUAUCAUUAAUAGAGUAAGAAAUAAAGAUGAGUCUGAAAAUAUGGUUAUGGAAAAUGAGAUAAAUGUUAUUCAGAAAGUAAACCUGGAAGACGUUGAUCAUAAUAUAGGAUACCAUGAUGGUACGAAAGUAAAGAAUGUAAAGAAACAUAUUUAUGAAAAUAGUGCACCAAUAACGCAUAACAUGAACUCUAGUAAUUCUGAGCCAAAACUUAAAUUCAAAACUGUGAUGUUUCAUGUUAAUAAAACAGUUACCAAGAAAACUACAGAGGUAGAAAAUCCACUUAGAGAUUUAAAGAAACAUCAAAGUGAUGCAUUACUAUGGAAAAAUUCUAGCAGGAUCGCCAUGUGGUCUGAAUAUCCAUUUGCAGCUGUCUACAUAUUCGAACCUUUACAGAUACACUGUGAUGCAGCUGCCUUAAGUCCACACUGGUUGGUGACCGCUGGAUCCUGUUUAUCUCGUUUCCACCGCAAGGAUCCUCUGACUGAAGGCCGUUCAGCUUUCGUGGCGUAUUGUGGUCAGAACUGGUGGCAACCUGAACGAGUAGCUUAUGUGAAGUACAGCAUCGUACAUCCGAAGUUUCAUCCCAAAGAUACAAGAAGAUUUCUGUACAAUAUCGGCCUCGUUCAAGUCGUCGGCUCAAUGGCUUCAUGCUUCGGUUGGGCGCCAAUUUCGCUGAUGUCCCAUAACUUCGCUGCCGAUGCUGAUGGGUCCCUGGCUACAGCCGUAGGAUGGGGUCUAGACAGAUACGAUGUGAGAUUUACGUCUGUUGAGUUACCUAGAGUGCCACUGUCUGCAUACAACGGUUUUGUAUAUUCCACAACAUGCCCUGGCAGUAAAGGUUUCGGUAAAGUGAAAUUGUACAGCGACGAAAGUGUAGUAGUGAGGAACAACAUGUAUUGUUUAUCGCUGCCCCCUUACUCCGGCGAAGAGAACGAUCCCAUCCAUGGGAGUCUGCUUCUUGUUGGCGGCAAACUGAUCGCUUUGUACUUGCAGAUGAUGGCUAAAAUUGUAACCCAAAUCAAUUGAAGUUAGAAAUAAGCAACAAAAAUCUUUUAGCAUCCAUUACCUUUAUUGGUCCGUGUCAAAAAAUAUUUUUUGCGUGAAGUAAUCCGUAUGUUUUCCAAAUUGAAAGGACUUAUUUUUUCCCGUAACUACUUUACCGAACUACUUUCAUUAGGCAGUAAGAACUUCCGACCCAUAACUACUCACAACAGUUACGCUACUUACCUUGUCAUUUCAUUUCAAAAUACCUCUUUCAUAUUAUGACUCCUCGUGUAAGCGCUUAGUCUAUUUACUUGGCAAAGUAUUUACGGAAAGCGCCGGCUUUCUUUUGUUGCUUCGGAAAUUAAUUGGAUUUUCUAUUGCUCUGCUUGCUUGUGGUGUCAGCUUCUAUCUUUUAUUUAAUUGGUUUUAUCUAACCCUUUGUUUGUUUAGAAAAAUCUGCAAAUGAAACCUAUAUACCUGCAAAGUGACUAUCUCUGUCUUAAACAAUUUUCACGUAGGCGAGAAAGAAAUUCAUGAAUACAUGUAAAAGUUUGACAGUCACCAAAGAAAAUAAUGUGCAUACAUUUGAAAAAAAAACCUUAAUAGUUUGAUUGUCGUGCAAAUCACUCAAUUGCAUACCUUAGUGCAUUACACAAUCGUCUCAGUGACGUUGGCUGAACCCAAAUAAUCUAUUUAUAUCGUGUGUGGUUUUGAGUGCUGCUAAUUAUAUUAC